UCCCAAAAUGCAAUGCAAGAAAAGUUGAGAAAAAGAAGGAAAGCUUGUGAGACGUUUCCUGGUCUCUUUCCUGCAAAGUAAUCCUAAAUCCAGCAGCCGGACAGAUCUAAAGCGAUCCUAGACUGGCCCUCCAAUCCCAGAGGGAAGGAGGAGGAGUUUAACCUCUCUUAUAAAGGAACCUCCGCCUGCCAUCCCGGUGCGAAGUUUUCUGCUCCUAGGUGUCCAAGUUACCCGAUCUGCAGUUAGUUGUUGUGGACUUGGAGCUUGUUUUCUGUCCCCUCUGCCCAUGGCGUCAGUGACCAGGAGUGUGUUUGGAAACCUGCCCGAUGGAGCAGGGACGGUAGAGAAGUUCCAGUUGCAGUCAGACCUGCUGAGGGUAGAGAUUAUCUCCCUAGGCUGCAUCAUCACCGCUUUGGAGGUGAAAGACAGGGAUGGGAAAUUCUCAGAUGUGGUGCUGGGCUUUUCGGAACUCGAAGGGUAUCUCAAAAAGCAUCCAUACUUUGGAGCAGUAGUUGGACGAGUGGCUAACCGAAUUGCCAAAGGGACAUUCGCUAUAGAUGGGAAGGAAUACAAGUUGGCUAUUAACAAAGAACCCAAUAGUCUACAUGGAGGAUUUAAAGGAUUUGACAAGGUCCUUUGGACCCCUCAGGUGUUACCAAAUGGCAUUCAAUUCUCCCAGAUCAGUCCAGAUGGUGAGGAAGGCUACCCUGGCGAGUUGAAAGUUUGGGUCACGUACACACUCGAUGGGGGGCAGUUAACUGUGAAUUACAAAGCCCAGACCAGCAGCACCACACCUGUCAACAUGACCAACCACUCUUAUUUCAACCUGGCAGGCCAGGGUUCUCCAAAUAUAUAUGAUCAUGAAAUCUGUAUAAAUGCUGAAGCUUAUUUGCCUGUGGAUGAUACUCUUAUCCCAACUGGAAAAGUGGAAUCUGUGCAGGGGACUGCAUUUGACCUGAGAAAGCCCGUGGUACUUGGAAAGCACUUUGAGAAGUUCCAGAUCAGUGGUUUUGACCAUAACUUCUGUCUGAAGGAUUCACAAGAGAAGCAUUUUUGUGCAAGGGUUUAUCAUCCUCCUACUGGACGGGCACUAGAAGUAUAUACAACCCAGCCUGGGGUUCAGUUUUAUACAGCCAAUUUCCUGGAUGGAACACUGAAGGGAAAGGGGGGUGCCGUGUACCCCAAACACUCAGGCUUCUGCCUUGAGACCCAGAACUGGCCAGAUGCAGUCAAUAAGCCACAUUUUCCUCGUGUACUGCUCCAGCCAGGUGAAGAGUAUAACCACACUACUUGGUUCAACUUUUCUGUAGCCUAAGGAGGUUCACACUGGCCCUACUGGGUGAAGAACAUGGAUAAUGGAGAUAUAACAAAAGCCUCUUUGGCGACCCAGGUUUCCCUAUCAUAAAAGGGGAUGUAUAUGUUUCAAGGAGCUCGAUGUAAUCAAAUGGGUUGAAGUAAAUCAAAAUGAUAGCUGUUAGGUUAAUUAGUCAGAUUUUUAAACACUGGUGAUCUAAAAUAACAAACUCCAGGCUGUGCUUAAAGGAUAGCUCUGGAUCCUGUGCUCAUGAAGGCAGCAAGAAGUAAGGAAUAUCAUUCACUGUGAUCCAAGAUCUCUUCCCCUGGACUAGGUGAAAUAACUGGGGACAUUAGUACUCUGAGGGCCAGGGACAGCUAAGGCAAUUUUUGGUGGUCCAUCACCAUUUAAAUCUUGUCUUUACAAUUUUCUUCUUUCCCUCUUUUUCUUUCCAUUCCUUUCUCCCCAUGCCUAAACUUUGAGUAAAGAGUUUCUGACUCCUUUUCUGCCUAUUAUAUAUAUCCUUUUCCCACUUUACCUUCAUAAAAAUUGCUCCCAAGUCACCAAGAGAUCUGAACCAGAGACAUUAGGUACUUGCAUUUCAUAUUAUCUGCCUAUAAGAUGGUAGGGAAUAACUGGUUUAACCAUCUCUAAGAUCAGCAAAACUGUACUAUCUUCCUCACUUUAGUAAGAGUGAAAUAGACUAAACUAAAAGCUUAAUGGAGAUGAUCUAUUGGGAGUAGAGUUGGGUAUUGGAUACCAACUCUACGUCUAGCUGCCAGAAACUUUUAUUUUCUAGAGUAACAGAAUUGCCAGUAUUUGUAUUGUGUUCAUGAUCUUUAGAGUAACAGAAAUGCCAGAUGAUUUUGUUACACUCAUGCCCAUUCUGAAUAAAACAAAAUUUUCCAUGUUGAAAA